CUUCCCGUCCGUCAUCACCGUGCGCGGCCCGGCGGUGCCUGUGCCUGGACGUGUGGCGGGCCGGGCCGGUGCCGUUCCUGUGCUGUUCCUGUGCCGGUUCCUGUCCCGUUCCUGUCCCGUUCCUGAGCUGGUUCCUGUCCCGUUCCUGUCCCGUUCCUGAGCCGGUUCCUGUCCCGUUCCUGUGCCGGGGCCAUGACCCGCUGGGCCCGGCGGAGCGCCCCGCCCGGGGCCCGGGCGCUGGACGCGACCCCCUGGGAGCAGCUGGCGCCGAGCGCGGAGCCGGAGCCGCCGCGGGCAGCGAAGAGGAGGAGGAGGAAGAAGGAGUACGAGAACCAGGACGUGAACGGGUUCGCGGCGCACCGCGGGGAGCAGCAGCAGGAGGAGGAGGCGCGGAGGAAGGACAGGCGGCGGGAGAGCAGGAGGCUGAGGAGGCAGGAGAGGAAGAAGAACGCGAUGGUGUGUUUCCACUGCAGAGAACCUGGCCAUGGCGUGGCUGAUUGUCCUGCAGUGCUGGAGAGCCAAGACAUGGGGACGGGGAUCUGCUACCGCUGUGGAUCCACGGAGCACGACCUCAGCAAAUGCAGAGCCAAGGUGGAUCCAGCUGCUGGGCCGUUUCCAUAUGCAAAGUGUUUCAUCUGUGGUGAGAUGGGGCAUCUGUCAAGGUCGUGUCCGGACAAUCCCAAGGGGUUGUAUGCUGAAGGUGGGGGCUGCAAACUUUGUGGCUCCGUGGAGCACUUCAAAAAAGAUUGUCCGGAGAAACAGAAUGCAGAGCAGGUGACAGUCGGGCGCUGGGCCCCCGGCCUGAGCGCAGACCACGAGGACGUCACGGCCACGCCAGCUCUGCAGAGAACACAGCCCAAGCGACCCAAAGUCGUCACUUUCUGAAGGCCUCCUGGCUCUCAAACAGUUCUCCUGCGCUGCCUCCCUCCAGAGAGGUGACGACAGAGAGUGGAGCCAGACAAUCAAGCCGACUG